ACGUUUGCAAACAAAUCAGAAAGCUUCCCUAAAUCAUUUAAUUAUGGGAACCAAUCAUGAUUACGAUCAUAUUAUGCCAAUAUCCAAAAUAAUUUUGGAACAUCCAGAGUUGAUAUCAAAUAUUGAAAAGUUUACCUUAGAAUCAUCUCCUUAUGAUCGUGGUUUUAUUAAUGAUAAUUUUGCACCAAAUUUAAUAUCCUUACAAAUUAAUACUCGCAUUCCUCUUCGAACCGCUAUUCAACCCUUGAAAACGUUAUCAACGUAUUAUCCAUUUUCAUCAUUUAUUGAUAUAUGUACCUUCGACUCUUUGAUAUUGACGGAAAAGAAGAAGAUCCUUAUGAUACAAGAGGAAGACCAUAUUGGAAGACGAUGA